AUGUUUGCCUUUGCCACCGUCCUCGCACUCCUCUCGCUGCUCCUGGGCGUCGCCUGGGCGCAGCUGUCCGUCUUCGACUGUCCCUACGACCUCAGCAGCGGCCAAUACGACUCGUACACCUACUUUGAGGUCUCCGACCGCUGCUCCAAGGCCGGGGUCGCGGACCACUGCUGCGUCACAUUCAUGCGACCGACCUCGCCAUUCUCGUGCCUGCCCGCGCCGACUCCCUUCACGCCCAACGCCUGCGACACUCUCGCCGCCGUGGUGGACGAGCAGAUGAAGAAGGACGGCCAGCACGAGACGUCCGAGGUUACCCAUUUCAUAGCUAGUUUCCCAAACGGCGUUACCGCGAUCCAUAAUCGCGGAGUAGGUGCCGUCUGGGGCGUGGCGUUGGAUGAGUUUCGCGACAAGGUUGGGAUCAAGGAUAGCUUUAUACCCUCGAGAGUGUAUUUGACCGCCAGAAACGCCGCUUGGGAAGACACAGUCAUGGUGGAUUUUCACUGUUGA